AUGAUUCAUAUCACACGAGGUGAAGGAGCCAUUUUGAUAUCACGUGAAAAUCACGUGUUACUGAAAGCACCUGCUCACCCCUUCUUGAGUUUUCCUUUUGAAUUCUUCCUUCUGGCCUUCUUCCAGAUGAAAAAUGCUGAUAAAAAGAAACUCAUGGAUUCUAAAUUGAAAUGUUUGUUUCUUGAUGCUGAAGCUUCAACAUCAGAACCAUAUGUUGACGGAUCAAAAGCUGCAUUUGUAGAAUUUUACGCUCCAUGGUGUGGUCACUGCAAGCGUCUCGCCCCUGCUUAUGAGGAAGUUGGAAAGACAUUUGAUAAUUCUGAUGAUGUAAUAAUUGCUAAAGUUGAUGCUGAUGCCGACAGAACUCUCGGAGGACGAUUUGGUGUGCAAGGUUCUCGAGGUCGUGUCAAAAAGGAUGCCAGUAAUGUUGUCGACUUAAAUCCUAGUAACUUUGACAGUAUCGUCAUGGAUACAAACAAAGAUGUCUUAGUUGAGUUUUAUGCUCCUUGGUGUGGUCAUUGCAAGGCCUUGAUUCCUACUUAUGAGGAGGUAGCUACGACUUUUAAGAAUGAUGAAAAUGCUGGUGUUAUUAAAGAAUUGGAUGAUUUGGUGAAAAAGUUCAUGCAAGAAAGUGACUCUCGUGAUGCUAUUCUCUCUGAAACUGAUGCUAAGGCUAAAACACUCGAUAAUCCUAAUGCUGAGUACUAUGUCAAAGUGAUGAAUAAAGUCAAAGAGAAAGGAGAUGAUUAUAUUCAAUCGGAGAGUGAUCGUCUUGGGCGCAUGAUGAGUUAG